AUGGAAUUGCUAAGUGGGUUUUCACUCUUGUUGCAGCAAAUCAAUGCUUUGCUUAGGAAGAACUUCAUUCUUGCAUGGAGAAACAGAAGAUCAACAUUUCUUCAACUCUUCUCUUCAUUCUUCUUCAUUGCUUUUAUGUUUGCAUUAAGGAAGACCAAUAACUACACAGAGAGCAGACCUAAUUUCUCUGCAAAAGUUCGUGAUCCCAAACCCAUCACUAAUCCUCCAAUUCCUGCAUGUGAGGACAAGUUGAUCAUCAAUGUUCCAUGUUUUGACUUUGUUUGGAGUGGCAGUGGAAACCAAAGACUUGAGUCCAUUGUCAAUGGCAUCAUUACUAACAACCCUGGUCGCACAAUUCGUCAGAGUAAGGUCAAAUCAUUUAGAACAAAAGAUGAAUUGGAUAAAUGGCUUUUGGAUAAUCCAAUGCGUUGCCCUGGAGCUCUACACCUUUUUGAAAGAAAUGCCGAGGAAAUAAGAUAUGGUAUAGAAAUCAAUUCAUCUUCUUCUUUUGAAUUUGGAAGGCAAAUUGAGGAUCCUGUUUUCAAGUUUCAAGUGCCCCUUCAGUAUGCUGUAUCGCGUGAAAUUUCUAGAUCCUUAAUUGGAGAUCCCAAUUUCAGCUUUAAUGUUGGUCUAAAAGAAUUUGCGCACCCUCCCAGAAGAAUUGACUCUUCAGAUAGCUACGAUGGUAAUCCAUUUGCAGAAACAAUUUUCUAUCUUUUAGUUGCUAUGUUUGGUUUCACAUAUCGAAUUCAUUCUCUGGUUCUGGAGAAAGAGCUGAAACUUCGACAGACAAUGAGUAUAAUGGGCCUCUACGACAGUGCCUACUGGACUUCAUGGUUCAUAUGGGAAGGGUUCAUGGCUUUUCUGACGUCUUUGCUUAUUGUUGCUUUUGGGACAAUGUUUCGAGAUGAUGUUUUCAUGAAAAACAAUAUUUUCCUAGUAUUCCUUCUAUUUUUCCUUUUCAUGAUUAGCAUGGUUAGCUUUGCAUUCAUGAUUUCAACCCUACUCAGCAAGUCGUCUUCAGCCACAACUGUGGGCUUCUUCAUCCUUGCUUUUGGACUUGUGACAAUUUUUUCUUCGCUAUUCUACGACGGAACAGUGAAAAAUAGUAAUUAUCGCAUCUUGUGGUCAUUUUUUCCACCUAAUCCUUUUGCUGGAGGUUUUACCGUGCUUGAAGAGGCAGCAAGGGAAGGUGGCAUUAGGUGGAGUCAACGAGCGGAGUGCAAAUUACUGGGAGAUCCUUGUGUUUCAAUGGUCUACUUUUAUUUAUGGCUUGUCUCUUUGUUCUUUUUCUGGUCUCUUGUGGCUAUUUAUUUUGAUAAUAUAGUCCCCAACUCUGCUGGUUUGAGAAAAUCACGUCUAUACUUCUUGAAACCAAGCUAUUGGACAGGGAGAGGAGAUAGUAACUUGACAGAGGACAUCAGACAUCUUGCAUCUAGGUCCCCUACACAGCCGGAUCAUUUCACUCCGGAUGAUGAGGAUGUUCAUGAAGAGGAAGCAUCUGUCAAAAAAGCAACAAUCGAAGGGACUGUUGAUCCAGAUGUUGCUGUUCAGUUGCGUAGCCUUACUAAGUCAUAUUCUAUGGCAUUAAAGAUAAGAUGCCACCGGUUCUGCUUUUGCUAUUUUUGCUGUACAUGCAAGAUUACAAAACCUUUUGUGGCCGUGAAGGAUCUCUGGAUGAAUUUCCCAAAGAAUCAGUUGUUCUGUCUCCUCGGACCAAAUGGAGCUGGCAAGUCUACCUUAAUAAGCUGUUUGACGGGAAUCACUCCUGUGACUCAUGGAGAUGCAAUCAUCUACGGCAAUUCUAUUCGAAGCUCAAAAGGAAUGUCAACAAUCAGAAGACUGGUAGGAGUCUGUGCGCAGUUCGACUCUCUUUGGAAUGCACUAUCAGCUAAAGAACAUCUCCAUCUGUUCGCUAGUAUAAAAGGCUUGCCCACGGCUACACGAAAAUCAGAAGUGAAACGUUUGCUGGCUGAUGUCGACAUUGACAAGAUUGCUAAUGUAAGAGCAGGAAGCUACAGUGGGGGUACAAGGCGCCGACUAAGUUUAGCAAUUGCUCUUAUUGGAGACCCGAAACUUCUUAUCUUGGAUGAACCAACAACUGGAAUGGAUCCUGUUACUCGGAGACGCAUCUGGAAUGUAAUUGAGAAUGCAAAGCAAGGGCGUUCUAUCAUCCUCACAACACAUUCUAUGGUUGAAGCUGAUGUUUUAUCAGAUCGCAUCGGAAUAAUGGCAAAGGGUAUGCUUCGCUGUAUUGGCAUCUCUAUUGUGCUCAAGUCAAGAUUUGGUUCAGGUUACGCUGCAAAGGUAACAUUCCCCAAAAGUCUUUACAAUAUUUUGUCCCGAGAGAAUGACAUCAAUGCAAAGCAUCGAGAAGCUGUGAAACUCUUUUUCCAACAGCGGCUCAAUGUUGAACCAAAAGUGGAAAACGAAUGCAUGUUGACAUUUACUCUACCAAGUGCUGAGGAAGAGAUAUUAGCACGAUUCUUUUCUGAGCUGGAAAAGAGAGAGAGCGAAUUUGGCAUCAAAAGCAUCCAAAUAGGUCUCGGGACGCUUGAAGAAGUUUUCCUAAAUAUAGCAAAGAAAGCAGCGCUACAAACAUUUAAUCCUAAGGAGAACAUGAAAACUUUGACCUUGCCAUCAGGGGCCACACUGCAGGUGCCUCUUGGAGCGGAGUAUGUUAAAAUUCCAGGAACGGAGUCCCGCCAGAAUCCCAGAGGCCUUAUGGUGGAUAUCUUCUGGGCACAGGAUGAUACAGGCAAUCUCUGCAUUUCUGGCCAUUCAGCUGAAAAGCCAGUGCCACCAGACCUCCAACUAACUGCUGCCUCCUCAGUUACUUCAACAAGGAAAAGCUGCAGUUGCUAGCGAGAGAAGGAAAUGUUGUGCAGGCAUCAAUCAUCUGGCAGGAUAAUUGUUUGUCAAAGAACUAAGGAAACGUUGUCCUGCACAUUUUCUUUCAGCCAAUACAGUUGCAGAUUUUGCCUUUGCCAAUGGAUUCACGUUGCAAGGUGGGCGGACAUAACAAAAAGCUUACCUCUGGCGCAAAUGAUUUGAAACAUAAAUUUAUGCAAGCCAAGCAACUCAAAGACAUUAGUUUUAAGAAGACAGAUGCUACAA